UUAGACAGCGCUAAAAGAAGCACCCAAGUCCCGCCAAACACGCGACUUUCCCAUCAAACCUGCCCGUCUCCGGAACGUUUUUCUUUGCCUCUCUUCAGCGCCUUUCUCCAGCAAAAAAAACGGACUCGCAGGCGCCAUUCUACCCAGAGUUAGCCGUGCCCAGACCCCGUCUUUAGACCGGCUCCACAGACCCCCUGAAAUCGGCACAAAAUGAACGUCAAUCCACACCUCCAGUACUUGCAGCUGCAGCAGUCACAGCAGAAUGCGGGCGGCGCGCUGUCGCCCCAAAUGACACAGUUGCAGAUGCAACAUCAGCGGCAAUUGCAGCAACAAAGACAGCUCCUUGGUCAGCAGCUCCACCAGCAGCAACAGCAGCAGCAGCCACCCAUGGGCAACCAGGGCAACUCGCUCUUGGCGGCCCUCAACGGCAGCGCCAACAGCGGACCGAAUUCCGCGCUCAAUGGCGCAAUCAGUACAUCUAAUAUGGGCUCUAACAUGGCUGCUCUUGGUGGUGGGAACCCCGCCAGCGGCUCCAACAUGGCCUUUGGCCAGGCUGGUGGCCAGCUGGCGCUUUUGCAGAUGCAGCUGCAGCUUUCCCAGCAGAGAUACGGUAAUCCCAGCCUCCAACAACAACAACAACAACAACAACAACAACAACAACAACAACAACAACAACAACAACAACAANAACAACAACAACAACAACAACAACAACAACAACAACAACAACAACAACAACAACAACAACAACAACAACAACAACAACAGCAGCAGCAGCAGCAGCAGCAGCAGCAACAACAACAUACACCACAAACAGUACAGCAGAUCCAUAUGCAACAGAUGCCCCAGCAAGUCCAGCACCAGCAGUUGCAGCAGCAGGUGCCGGUCAUCAAGGAGGUGUGGAACUUCAACUUGGAGUUUGAGUUCAACGCUUUACGUACAUUCAUCAACGACAAGACGCAACACGUGUUCAUUUCCAUCCACCAGGAAAUCCCCGGCAUCGUGGCUCGGCCCGUGGGCACGUUCAAGUCGUCCUCGGACUACCACUUCCAGACGUUGCGGCUGAACCUGGACUUGUUGAACUUGAUCCAGUUGUCGUUUUGCGCAGUCAAGGUACGCAACAACGAGGUCAGCAGCUCCGUCAUCUGGCAGUUCAACUUCCACUACGACUUGGCCAAGGAGAUGUUCAACGAGGAGCAUUUGUCCAUGUUGUCGCUGACCUCGCAAAUCAACUUCGCCUCGCACAUGAGCCAGGGCAUCCCGCAUUUGUCGUUUGCUGAGUUGAUGAUGGAAAGCGGCUUGCUCUUGGACCCGCUGAUCAACUGGUUGAGUUACCACUCGGGCUACGACUUGGGCUUUCUCAUCAGCUUGUUGACCAACGACAUCCUCCCCAACGACGAGGCCGACUUCUUCUGGUGGUGCUCCAAGUACUUCCCCAACUUCUACGAUUUGAAGCACAUCGGAAACCAGCUCUUGGCCAAUUCCUCGGGCGGGAAGGUCGCCUCCAGCGCGCUUGCAGGCAACAACGUUGCCGACUACGGGCUUGGUGGCGGUUUGAACUCACCCAAGUCAGCCAAUGCUGAUAUUGGCAAGGGCAUCUUGUCGAACAACAAGCCCUCCAUCGAGUAUUUGGCCGAGGAGUUGCAUCUCCUUCCUAUCUCGCCCGUGAUCCGCCAAUACUUCACGUCUCAGAGCAUGGGCCAAUUUCUGGGCCACCAUCAGACCCAGCAGAUGACGUCUACCUUACACGCAUACCUCUUGAUGGAGUGCUUCAAAGAACUCUUGAGACAAGCUAACUCGGACUUGUCCGUGUUUGAGAAAUUCAAAGGUUAUCUCUGGGGACUUGGCGAUGUGUUGGAGGGUGCGAAGAACUCUGAGGCGAUCGACUCAAAGAAUAAGCGAAAGUAGCAACGAAGAUCUAAUCAAGCCUCAACCCAUGUAUUAAUGCAGUUAUAAU